AUGAUUUGUUUCUUUUUCUUUAUAAUAUUGAAUUAAGCAAAUACACAUAAUUGGCCUUAUCUGCCAGUCAUUAGCUACUACAAUGUAUUGCAAUUAAUUAUGUAGAUUGCUUUCAUGUUGGAAGCAGAAAUCCACAAUACUUAAUUGUUUUUUAUCAUUGAUACUGGGUCAAGUGUGACUAUGAUAGAGUCUAUUUAUAAACAAUCUCAAACAUUUUAAAAUCUAAACUAAACUUAUGAGCAAUAAUAUGACUUAGGUAAAUGCAAAGGAAUAUUUGGAAUGGAUAGACUAGUAUUAUCGAAAUAAUUAUAUAUUCCUUAAUUUACAAUGGCAUAUGGGACAUGUUAGAAAAUGCCAGUAUAUUUAUUAAUGUUAUUAGUUCUUUGAUUAAUACAUUGGUCUGAUGGGUUUGUCAAACAGAUUUCAAGUAAAACAUGUUUUCGAAGAUUAAUAAUUUCACAGCUCCAUCUUUGGAUUGGAGUUUAGGAAAAAUAAUGAGUCAAGGCUUUAUUACAAUAUCACAAAUAUAGAAGAGAAGGUCACUUGGCAUUAAUUGAAUGUAGAUCACAGAUGGAUGAUUAAAAUGCUGGGUGUUUAUAUAGACAAUUAAGAUGUGACUGACAUAUUUACAGGGAGUGCCUUUUUAGAUAGUGGAUAUAGUUGUUUGGUUCUCACUUAAAGUAAAUGAAGUUUACAUAUUAUUAGAUUAAUUUGCGUAUAUUUGGGAAAAGAAUUUAAAAUCAUUAUGUAAAAUAAUCGAUAAAUCAAUAUAUUGUGAUUGCAACUAUAAUAAUUUCCCUAACUUCACAAUAUAUUUUGAAGGUGCCAAAAUUAUUAUUGAAUCUUAGAAUUACUUUCCAUAUUCAUAUAGUAAAUAUUAAAUUAAUUUAAGAUGACAAACUUUGUAAAUUAUGUAUCAGUCAACAUAAUCGUGAUUAUUUAAUUUUAGGAUUGCCAUUUAUAAUGUCUACAACAGUGUUAUUCGAUAAAACUAAUUAAAAAAUUGGUUUAGUUGAGUAAGUAUUAUAUAUAUCCUUAGUUCAUUUGACAUUCAUUAAAUAUCUCCAAUUUAUUUUCAUCUCCAACUCAUAAUGGUCGGCACUUUAACAUUAGUCAUAAUAUUCUAUGCAUCAUAGAAAGAAAGGACUUUUGUUAAAGUUGAUAUUGAACUUAGAAAUUUGGAAUAUUUAUGA